AUGUGUAUUCUGUAUUCGUCUUCGCUGUCUUGGCCAUCUCAUCGGUCUCUGGAAUCUUCAAUCCUGGAGGAAAGAAAUGUGGAGGAUCUAGUGGAUAUGGAAGUGGAGGAGUCAUCAUUGGAUCAGAAUAUGAUGAGAAGUUCUCGUGGUGGGUAUCAUUUCGGACGUUCAGGAGGAAAGCCAUCUGGAAAUGAUCUCAAUGGUGACCGUUCGAUACAUCAAGCACGUUCUCCCGAACGUUUUGGUUCUCGUUCUCCAUCUCCAACAUAUCAUCGCCGUGGACACAGGGCAUCUCCUCCAUUGAAUCGCCCACCCUCGUGGAAUCCGUAUCCAAUAGAAGACUCCCCUAGACACAAUCCAUCUGGAUUCUCUCACUAUGGUACUGAUCAACGAGCUGUUCCAUUCCGAUACGGAAACCGUGUUCCUUCCGGUCAACGAGUUCAGCCAAAUCUAUAUGAAAAUCCAAUGAUGAGUCCAUCUGAUAGUCGUCGUGAUUCAAUGAAUUACGGUAUGCCUCGUGAGUCUCGUCGUUACAACCGUCAGAUGCCAGAGCCAUUAGGAAGAAGAAAUCGUGAAUUUGGAGACUCUCCGAUGCAAGAAAGUUCUCGUAACUCGAGAAGAAAGGACGCUCUUCUUGAUAAACUUGAACGCUGUGAAGAGGAGUUGGCUUCUUAUCAAGCUGUUGUGAGAGAGAUUAAAACACAACGAGAUGACAUUCUUGCUGAAAUCGAUUCUUUGCGUCCAAGACCAAGUUUUAUUAUCUAUUCGGAUAGUAUAAAAGAAGGAGUCGGUCAACAUAUUCCUCAUCAGAAGUUUCUUCUUUUCAAUACUUCAAUAAUGAAUGUGUAUUCUGUAUUCGUCUUCGCUGUCUUGGCCAUCUCAUCUGUCUCUGGAAUCUUCAAUCCAGGAGGAAAGAAAUGUGGAGGAUCUAAUGGAUAUGGAAGUGGAGGAGUCAUCAUUGGAUCGUCCAGAGAUUAA